AUGGAGCAGUUUGAACAACUGCUAACAUGCGCGAUCUGUUUAGAUCGAUAUCGAAAUCCAAAACUUUUACCAUGUCAACACAGUUUUUGCAUGGAACCGUGCAUGGACGGACUUGUCGACUACGUCAGAAGACAGGUCAAGUGUCCAGAAUGCCGAGCGGAACAUCGUAUACCUUAUCAAGGUGUACAAGCAUUUCCAACAAACGUAACCCUCCAACGGUUCCUGGAACUGCACAUAGAAAUAACCGGAGAACUGCCAGAUCCGACCAGCGGCCAGACCAUGGAACGAUGCGGCGUCUGUUCGGAAAAGAGCUAUUGCUCCCUCUGUGUUCACUGCGAUAAAAAGUGCUGUCCGGAGUGCAAGGACGCACAUAUGGAUAUCCUUCGCCGUGAAAUCACGAGGAUCAAUUCACAGAUAAGACGUGGCUUACACCGUUUGCAAGACGCAUUGGCUCUAGUAGAAAAAAACACCCUGAGCCUGCAAACAAACUGCGCUUCUGUCGCGGAGGAGGUCGACGAGAUCUACAGACGACUCAGCAAAGCCCUUAAGGACAGAACCGAGCACCUGAGGAACGAAAUUGAUCGUUACUCCGGCACAGAAUUGAGACUCUUGAUCCAGUUGAAAGAGAAUUUGGAGCUGGAAAUCGCAAAUAUUCAGAGCAAUUGCGAUCUUGCUGAGGCUCAUAUCAAUGAAAAUGUUCCUUGGGACGACGCGGAACUUCUAGACACCAAAGAACUGUUCCUUCGCACGGUUGAAUUCAUCAGGAACUACGAGUAUGAAUUGGGUGAUUACGGACGGAGAGUAAGAUUUGUAAUGGCGCACGAACCCAAUCAGUUGGUUCUGCACGUGGCCGGUUACGGCGAGCUCAAUAUCAAGCCGGAAACAGGCAGCACCGGGCACUUAGGAACCACUGGAGGAUUAGCGCCCCCUGGGGGUUCUCCAGGGCUGAUGAGAAGUAAGAGUGAUCAUCGGCUAGCUUCACAGUAUCGUCAAGAAGAGGAACGAUUGUCGAGGAACCGAUAUGUUCCUGAUUAUGAAUACGACACCCCAGAUUACGAAGCGCCGCGCAACAAAUCCCGUUAUCGGAGCCGAUUUAUGCGUCAACGGGACGGAGAGGAGUCUGACGGCGACACUAGAUCCAGCGUUCGUUUUUCAUCGUCAGCGGAGCAAGCACCCCGCGAAAAGGUAUUAUACACAGAGGAUGCCGCCCGCGGGCCAAUAUCCGGCAUCUUCCGCUUAACCGACUCGCCGAGGGUUAUGAAAAAGUUACAAGAGUGCGAGAGGGCGAGUAAGCGCAAAAAAGAUGACCCGGCUGUCGUAACACCCAUUGCAGCUGCUCCCACGCAAACACAACCGCCCAAAACCACCCAGGUACAGCCGAAGAAGAGUCCAGCCCCAGCCAAGCAGUCCAGCGAGGAUGAUGAAAUCUCAAGAAUAAAAAAGCAGAACAAGGCGAACCCGCAAGCAGAGGCCGUGGAGGAACGACCACCGGCGACACCUACCCCGGUGGCACGCGAACCUGAAACAGAGGAUCGGAGACCAGUUACCAGAAGGACGUCCUCAGAACCCCACACACCGGGAGUGAGAAGCGCGUCUUCGGACUCAAGCACUGGAUCAGAGAGUUCCGCUGGCUCUGGAAUCCGAAGUACCGGCGCUACCUUCACAACUGAGGAGAUGAAGCAGAAGUACCUCUCCAGGGCGCCACCUCAGACUACAAACACCAAUAGUGUAUCUUCUACUAACCCGGUUAGAGAAUCUGCAAGCGCUACAACUGCUCCCAGUCCUCGGCCGUUUCAAAGCCGUUUUUUAGGUAACCGCGCAACACCACCAGCUCCCAGCCCAGCGCCAGUUCCUGAGAAGAAAAAGGAGGAAGAAGACGACGACGACACCUCUAGUUCCUCGGAAGAAACAGAAACAGAGACCGAGGAGUCUGAAACAGACACACGGACAUCUUCAGCGCCAGCUACCAGCGAACGCCGGGAAGUAGCCAUGGCUAAGACCGACAUCGGGCCGCUAUUGGCUCGCAGCGCUGAAGCGAGACGUGGCAGCAAAGAAGAAUCACCGUCUACUAGAUACUCAUCACCUCGUGGUAGUCCAGCUCUAUCAGCAUCCUCGCCAACAGGAACAUCAUCUCCAAGCGGCUAUACCAGCAGGUUCGUAGCAAUUGCUCACGACAAUCACGACUUGUCUUCCAAUUCCGUUAACACCCUGGACGAUAAUGUUGUACAUUAUAGCGGCGUUAAUCGUAAAAACAGUGACCACGCAUUAUUAUCAAUGGGUGAUAGUGUUAAUAAUGAAUCCGCGAGUAAUAAUAUUAAUAAUAAUAAUAAUAAUAAUAAUAAUAAUAAUAAUGAUAAUAAUAAUAAUAAUAAUAAUAAUAAUAAUAAUAAUAAUAAUAAUAAUAAUAAUAAUAAUAAUGAUAAUAAUAAUAAUAAUUGCAUUAGUUUUACGGGUGAGAAGAUAUUAGCAUCAAACGAACAUUAUUCCAGUGUCCCAUCAAUUGUCAUUACCCCUGACGACAGCAAAUUAAUUAGUGUUAAUCACCCUGACCUGACUGUAUCGGAAGAAAACGUUAAUAUUAAUAACGGGACUGAUAAUAAUAAUAUUAAAUUAGAUUUAAUUUCAUCUGAGAAUAACCAAAGUGAUUCCGCGAACAAUCAACCCGAGGCGUUGACCAUUGGUAGUUAUGAGCUCGGUAAGAUGGCGGCUCAAAAUGAAGGCAAUUGGAUGCUUGGUAGCAUUAAGGAGGAGGGUUAUGAUGAGGCACUAGGUGGAAGUAAAGCUGUUGAGGUUAGUUCUGAUGAAAUUGAUAGUGAAGAAGAGUCUGAAAGGGAUGUUAAGGCUGGUUCGCAUGAAGCUUAUCAAGAGACUAAUUAUGAUCAAGAGUCUGAUGAGAGAAAGAUUUUUAAGGCUGGUUCUCAUGAAUUAAAUAGUGGAACUGUUAAUGAUCAAGAUAGUUCUGAAAGAAAGAAUGUUAAGGCUGGUUUUCAUGAAUUAACAAAUGAAAUUGAUGAACAAGAUGAUGAUGAAUUGAGUAAUGUUAAGCCUGGUUCUAGCGAAUUGAAUAGUGAAACUGAUCAAGAAGAAUCUGAUGAUGAAACAAGUAAUAUUAAGGCUGGUUCGCAUGAAUUUAAUGGUAAAAGUUUAAAUGAUCAAAAAGAGUAUAAAGAAAGGAAUGUUAAGGUUGAUUUUAAGGAAUUAAAUAGCGGAAUUGAUAGUCUAGAUGAAAAUAAUGAUCAAAAGAGUAAUAUUAAGGGUGGUUCUUAUGAAUUAAAUAGUAGAACUGUAAAUGAUGAGGAAAAUUCUGAGAGAAGGGAUAUUAAGGCUAAUUUUCAUGAAUUAAAUAGUGAAACUGAUCAAGAAGAAUCUGAUGAUGAAACAAGUAGUUUUAAGGCUGGUUCACAUGAAUUUAAUAAAGAAACUGCUAAUGUUCAAAAAGAGUCGGAAAGAAUGAAUGUUAAGGCUAAUAUUCAUGAAUUUAACAAUGAUCAAAAAGAAUCUAAUAGAAAAAAUAUUGAAGCUAGAUUUCAUGAGUUAGAAAGAGGAACUUUUGAUGAAAAAGAAGGAUCUAAAAUACAUAAUGAGGCUGAUUCUAAUGAAUUAAAUAGUAGAGCUUUUAAUGAUCAAGAAGAAUAUCAAAGAAGAAAUGUUAAGGCUGGUUCACAUGAAUUUAAUAAAGAACCUGUUAAUGAAGAUGAGUCUAAAAGAAGACAUUUUAAGGCUGGUUUUCAUGAAUUGAACAAUAAAAUUGAUAAUCAAGUAAAUGUUUUUAGAUACAGUGAUGAAUUUAAUGGUGAAAGUGCAUCUAAUGAAAAAAUAGUCAACAAUGGUAUUUCUAAUAGAUUGGAAGAAGAAAAGAAAUUAAAUGGGAAGAACUAUUCUAACGAAUUAGACGGACCCAACAAUAAAAAUGAGGAUAAUGUUUCUAACGGAAGGAUUCUAGAAAAUGGACAGUCAAGAAAAAUGUCCCCGGAAAUAGAAACAGAAGUAAGUGAUGGAAUAUUGACCGACACUGAAGAUUUGGGAGAAAUUCUGUCCAGUGUAAUAAAAAGCGCGAAGAAAAUGGAACAAGAAUAUUCACUCAAACAUAACCCUAAAGAUGACGAUUCAGAAGCUGAAUCAGAAGACUUAAGAACUUAUUCUAAAAGCAACGACUCUGCCUCGGAAAUGUCCGCGUCCUUUUCCACAAAUGUGUCUGAUAGGAUUGAAGAUAUCUUUAAUAGGAAUUCCAUUAGCGAGGAUUUGUUUGAUGAACAAGGGUGGAUUGUUGCGGAAGAGGAGCUGCAUUCUCCGAGUCUGAAGAGCCCAAGCCUCAACUCGAAUUCUUCAAAGACUGAUUUUUUUACCGACCGUAAUUUCGAUGCCGAUUUUUGGGGGACAAAUGAUGAAAAAAGUGAGGUUAAGCCGGGAAAUGGCUGGCUGGAGAACGACUUGGAACAAACUUCUAGUACUAGUGCCAAAGCAACUACAGACUCCCGUUAAUUCCUGAACAAGAGCAGAAGUCAAGCGGCGGUAACAGCGCCGCGGGAACGAGAGCGUGAACGAGAACGAGAACCGGAACCGGAAGUCGAGCCACUGUCUCCGCGUUCACGUUACGCGGCUUUGAAAGAACGACGUCAACGAGUGGCACGCUCUCGGAGUUCCCACAAUUUCGGCAACGACGACAUCGACCUGGACGAAGACCCCCCGUCGCCCACCACCCAGUCUCCGAACGCGUACUUGGCAGCCAAAUACGGAGCCGGCUCGGAACUGGCCCGGAGCCGCAGCACGCAUGCGCUAAAGUCCCGCGAACCGAGUCCCGAACGCGAGCGCCCCGGUGCGGAGAAGGAUGGCGCUGCGCUCAGUUCCUGGGCGAGGUACCUCAAGAACAAACAUGCCGGGCAAACUUCAUUCGAAUCUUCUGAUGACGACCAAAAAAACCCGUCAGGCUCCCCCACGUCUCCUACAGCAGCUCACGGUAUCCCCGCGGUAGCAGGUUCCUCCACUAGGAAUCAGUACCUGCUAAAGCGGAAACAGUUGCUGAAAUUCGGGAUGCGGGGGAGCGGAGCCGGAUGUUUCACCUGGCCUCGUGGCCUGGCUGUUGGUCCUGACAAUUCAAUCGUCGUGGCAGACAGCUCCAACCACCGAGUACAAGUCUUCGACGGAAAUGGAAAUUUCGUCAAGGAGUUCGGUACCUACGGAAGCGGCGAAGGCGAGUUCGAUUGUCUAGCCGGAGUCGCAGUUAACCGGAUCGGCCAGUUCAUCAUUGCCGACCGGUACAAUCACAGGAUCCAAGUUCUUGACCCAUCAGGAAGGUUCUUGCGUGCUUUCGGGUCACAAGGCACGGGCGAUGGACGAUUCAACUAUCCCUGGGGCAUCACUACUGAUGCGUUAGGAUUUAUUUAUGUUUGUGACAAAGAAAAUCAUCGUGUUCAGGUGUUCCAGUCCGACGGAACAUUCGUCGGAAAAUUCAGUUCCUGCGGCAGCGGCCGCGGACAGUUGGAACAUCCGCAUUACAUCGCGGUCAGCAACACGAACCGAGUGAUCGUCAGCGACAGCAACAACCACCGGAUCCAGAUCUUUGACGUCGGUGGUCGCGUUCUGACCGCCUUCGGUUCCGAGGGUUCCGACGACGGACAGUUCAAGUUCCCAAGAGGCGUCGCUGUCGACGACCAGGGAUAUAUUAUUGUCGCGGAUUCCGGGAACAACCGGAUCCAGAUCUUCACUCCGGACGGCUUGUUCCUCAGAGCCUUCGGGAACUGGGGAAGCGGCGACGCUGAAUUUAAAGGCCUAGAGGGCGUUGCUGUUACUUCUGUUGGGAACAUUGUUGUUUGCGACCGCGAAAAUCACCGAGUUCAAAUUUUUUAA